ACUCUUAAACAGUUGUUUGAAGCAAGUGUGAUCUUACUUGAUAUACUCAAGAGCUUUUCUCCACCUUAUAAAAGAAAUAUUUUAUGGUUGUCUAAUCCUUUUGAUCCCUUUUUACCUGUACAUUGCCUAUUACUGUUGCUGUUAUUGUAGAUGUCAAAGUAUUUCUUGGGGUUUGCACAGACAACAACCUUUUUGUAAACCCUCUGUGUGCUGUAUUCGUUUAUGUGAGAAAUCAAGAGACUGGCAGUUCAUAAUGUCUAUUUUGUUGACAACUUUGCCGUAGAAACAAUGUGGACUUAGAUUUCAACUGUGAUAAAGAUUUUUCUCAUUUUCUAAAUUCACCAUUUUGUGGGUGUGUUCACAUAUGCACAUGUCUUUUCAGUCAGAGAAGCUCUUUUCCUUCAGUACCUGGCAUAGCUGCUCACAGGUUACCAGUGCUUUCUGACCGCUGCUAUCCUGACAAGCUGUUGAAUCUAACAGGCUUAAAAAAAAAAAAAAUUAAAAGUCUGAAACUCUUUGCUUCACAUAAAAUUUUACUCCUCUCUCAAGUUCAUCUCAACUGACCAACUUGUUUUGAGGCAUGUCUUGCUGUGCUGCUAAACGUUAGCCUUCACAUCAUAAAACAGAUUUUAGCCGUGUGACUGUUUAUGUAAUGGGGAAUACCAUGAUCUGCUGGUGACAGUAAAAUCAAGGGCCAGAUAGGAAUGUCUCAAAGUAAUCAAGUAAGACAAAAAUCUGUGAUAAAAUUUUGCCUCAUAAAGAAUAUGUUUUUGAACACUCUGCUUUGUUCUUUCACACUGUUUUCCUUAACGUUAGUCAUGAAGAGUGGUUAGUGUGUAAAAGUAGGGGGUAUGCUGAUAUUGGAAAUAAAUUGCAUUGUGCAUUUUUCUGUAUUUCAGUGAGUGUCUGGAUUGCUACAGAGACUGUAUUUAUAAAUUUCACUUCCCCUUAGUUGAAAUAUCUCCAGUUUUUAUCUAAACUACAGAAAACAUUUGGUUUCAAGCAGAUUUGACUAAAUAAAACUGUGCUUCUCAGACCUCUUACAGAAUUACAAUUUUAGGAAGGGAAAAAAAAGAGCAGGAAGAACGACUGGACUAUUGAUGACAGUUCUUGGGACCUGGCUGUGCUCUGCGCAGCAGCAGCUUUCCUUGGGGCAGAGCCGUGUCCAUGCGCACAGCCCAGCCUUUGCCUGCCACAGAGCAGAUCCCAGCCUGUGAGGCAGAGCCUGAGACUGUGAUCCUGGAAACUUUCGUGUGUGCCAGAGAGGGGGGAGAGAGGGAGACCUGGAGCAAAGGCGAGUGGGGAGGAAGGCAGGCAGAGAAGGGAGCUUGCCUCGCGCGCUGCUGAAGGCUCCCAGAGGCAGACUGUGCGUGCAGCACUCUGGCUGGUGUGCAAUUCCAGGGACAACAUCCACUGACUUUAUUCAUUGCAUCGCUGACGGAGAGAUAUGACGCCCAACUGCUGCUUCUAUGUGAUCUUGCUUAUUGGUACCAAGGUCCUCUGUGAGUCUUUGGAAGAUCAUGCUUCUGCAGAUGGCACCAGGUGCCCCCUGGGCUACUUUCCUUGUGGCAAUAUCACAAAGUGUUUGCCCCAGCAGCUGCACUGCAAUGGUGAGGAUGACUGCGGGAAUCGCGCUGAUGAAGACAACUGUGAGGACAACAAUGGAUGGUCUCUGCAAUUUGAUAAACAUUAUACAAAGGACAAAUACAAUAAACUGAAAUCUCUGUAUGCAUUUCAGACAAAGACACCUGAGUGCUUGGCUGGUGAUGUGCCAGCACAGUGCACCUGCCAAGGGCUGGAGGUCUUCUGUGAUGCUGCCCAAUUACAUGCUGUACCAUCAGUCUCUUCAAACAUAACCAUAAUGUCUCUUCAGAGGAAUCUGCUAAGGAAACUUUCUGCUGAUGUUUUCAAGAAAUACCAAGAUCUUAAAAAUCUGUAUCUUCAGAAUAAUAAAAUCAGAGCCAUAUCUGAACGUGCUUUCAAAGGUUUAUACAACUUGACAAAACUAUACCUGAGCAACAACAAGAUAACAAAUUUGGAGCCUUUUGUUUUUGCAGACCUCCACAGACUUGAAUGGCUGAUAAUUGAAAACAACAGGAUAAAUCGAAUCUAUCCAUUAACAUUCUAUGGACUCAAAUCCCUUAUUCUUCUAGAGAUGAUGAAUAAUUCUCUUGUUCGUUUGCCUGAUAAACCUCUGUGCCAAUAUAUGCCAAGAUUAAACUGGCUAGACCUUGAAGGCAACCAUAUCCACCAUGUGAAAAAUGCCACUUUUCUCUCCUGCAGCACUCUAACUGUACUGGUGAUGAGACGAAAUAAAAUCAGCUCCCUAAAUGAAAACACCUUUUCUUCUCUCCAUAUGUUAGAUGAAUUAGAUUUGGCUAACAACGAGAUUGAAUCACUUCCUCCGUAUAUAUUUAAGGAACUUAAGGAGCUUUCACAACUGAACCUUUCUUACAACCCCAUCAAGAAAAUACAAAUAGACCAGUUUGAUUUUCUAAUUAAACUCAAAUCCCUCAGCUUGGAGGGCAUUGAAAUUGAAAACAUCCAGAGAAGGAUGUUCAGACCCCUAAGAAACCUUUCCCACAUAUAUUUUAAGAAAUUCCAGUACUGUGGAUAUGCUCCUCAUGUGCGCAGCUGCAAACCCAACACUGAUGGGAUUUCCUCCCUCGAGAAUCUUUUAGCUAGCAUCAUACAGAGAGUGUUUGUCUGGGUUGUAUCUGCCAUUACCUGCUUUGGGAACAUUUUUGUUAUCUGCAUGAGGCCUUACAUUAGAUCGGAGAACAAGCUGCAUGCCAUCUCCAUAAUGUCUCUCUGCUGUGCUGACUGUCUGAUGGGAAUAUAUUUAUUUGUGAUUGGAGCUUUUGAUCUUAAAUAUCGUGGAGAAUACAACAAGCACGCUCAGUUGUGGAUGGACAGUAUUCACUGUCAGUUGGUUGGAUCGCUGGCUAUUCUGUCUACAGAGGUGUCAGUCUUACUGUUGACUUAUCUGACUUUGGAAAAAUACAUCUGCAUAGUUUAUCCUUUUAGGUGUUUGAAGCCCAGAAAAUGCAGGACAAUUUCCAUUUUGGUCCUUAUCUGGAUAAUUGGGUUUGCUGUUGCUUUUAUCCCACUGAGCAAUAAGGAAUUUUUCAGGAACUACUAUGGCACCAAUGGCGUCUGUUUUCCUCUUCACUCAGAACAAUCAGAAAGUUCAGGAAGUCGGAUUUAUUCUGUUGUGAUUUUCUUAGGUGUAAACUUGGCAGCUUUUAUCAUCAUUGUGUUUUCCUAUGGGAGCAUGUUCUACAGUGUUCACCAGACAGCUAUUAUGGCUACUGAAAUUCGGAAUCAUAUUAAAAAAGAGAUGAUCCUUGCUAAACGUUUUUUCUUCAUUGUAUUUACUGAUGCACUAUGUUGGAUACCUAUUUUUGUUUUGAAACUCCUUUCUUUACUUCGAGUAGAAAUACCAGGUACCAUAACUUCUUGGGUGGUGAUUUUUAUACUGCCAAUAAACAGUGCUUUGAAUCCUCUUCUCUACACUUUGACUACACGACCUUUCAAAGAAAUGAUUCAUCAGGUUUGGUACAAUUACAGACAAAGAAGAUCCAAAAGAGGUAAAGACAGCCAGAAACCAUAUGGUCCAUCAUUCAUUUGGGUGGAGAUGUGGCCAAUGCAUGAAAUCACACCAAAGGUUACGAAGCCUGUGCUUUGUACAGACUCUUCUGAUGCUUCAGUGACUACACAGUCAACAAGACUAAAUUCAUACACGUAAUUACAUUUUGAAUCCUCACGGUGACAUCGGCACUGUUAGCUUCACAUCCGUGGGCUUGCUGCUUUACAGCCAUGAGGAAAAUGAGAGAGGUGUGACAUCAGGGCUCACGUGAACUACUACGGGAAGAAGGAGACGUGUGUCUGUUUGCAGGUAGAACUGGCAUUUUGCCAUCUCACAGCAGCACCUGACAUUUUGACAAUUCAUCCUAGAUCAGAAUGAGAAAUCAGUUGUUUGGGGUUUUUUCUUCCAGAAGCCUAGAGUGUGGAAAAAAAAUGAAUUGUCAUUUGAAGCAUCUCAUCCUAAGAGCAGAUUAUUUCAAAAUCAUUUAUUUAUGAGGAAAUGCGUGUGUGUGUGUCUGUGUGUGUCUUAUUUUUUCUUCUUUUCCUUUAAGUUCCCAUAUCAACAGUUGAUUUUUUAAUAGUGAAUUGGUUUCCUCAUUAAGAAAUGUAUUUUUUCCUCCUAAAACUUUUCUGAAUGGCUGUACUUAGGCUGCGUCAUCUCUUAAAAAGCUUUAAGGAGUAAUAGCUGUAAGAAAAAUAUUUAAAUUUCGUAAUUAGGUCAGUUAACUAUAUUUGUCAAAACCAAACAAGUGAAAAUUAUAUUCCUUUUAUAAAUUUACAGACUAUUUCACUCACGUGAAGGCAACAGUGAAAUUGUAAUGAUAGUUCUAAUACAGUCUACAGGCUGGACAAGGCCUUGAUUAGCCUGGUCUACUGAGAGGUGUCCCUGCCCAUGGCAGGGAGAGGCUGGGACUAGAUGAUCUUUAAGAUUCUAAUUCAGGGAGAACCAGAACUGUGUAUAAAAAAAAUAAAAAGGAGAGGUUUGGUUUUAGUUUUUGGUGGUUUUUGGUGGUGUUUUGUUUUGUUUUGUUUUCCCGAGUGUCCUGCAGCCUUAACUGGUGACAGUAUCCUCCUUACUCUGGAAAGAUUGGACUGAGUAUCCCAGCACCUUGCUGCUAAUUUUUUCUUCACUUUUCUUAACAGGCUACCAAAAGUAGCUCACCACAGCUUGCAGACUUCAACAAAUUCCAGUCUGAUAGUGUUUCUUUAUGUACAAAGGAGAUGGUCAAAUAGAAAAUUAUCAGUCUUAAUAGCUGUUAUGACAUCUACAUUUUAAUCACUUUGUACAUGACUGGACACAUUAUGAAGUAAUUUAAAGACCACAGCCAUUCAGCACUUUUUGAAGCAUUAUUUUACUUCCCAGAAUUACAAGGGUAAGAUAAAAAAUAUCCCCUCUGAAACAAUCCCCUAGAGGCAGUUCCUUCACACAUUCUUAGUGAAGAGAAUCUUUUCUAUUAUGAAUUAUUACAACUUCCCUUCUUCUUUCAGUACCGUAUUCAGUCUGAUGGCCUAGAAGCCCAAAAAGGUAAAAAAAGCGCUUUUUUUGCAUUGAUUUGAAGCUACUUUAAGUUAAAAGAUAAUUCCAAUGAUUGCACUUAACUUCUUGACAGUAUAAGAAGUAGAAUUUUGAAAAAGUGUGACUCAUACUUCAACUGUUUACAGAACUUUGGAUUAUCCUGAAACUGAAGAUUGUUAAGUAUCUUGUUUCCACCACUGUAUGUUCUACUGAAAUAAAAUAUUAUCUGCUGAACAAAAUUA